UUUAGUCUGAGUUUGUGCGCGUUUUGAGUUGGAUGUUAGUGCUGGUUGGUCGUUGAAAGUACACACAAGGGAUAGUUUUUGUGACAGUUAUAAUAAUAAGUGUUAAAAGAAGUUAAUAGAAAGUUGCUGAACCGUCACACAAUCCGUCACGAUGGCCGACAUUCAGCUCGACACUGAGGACAAGUUGGAGUACACAUUUUAUCCAGCCACGAAUGGUGAGGUAAACUUUAAAGUUCGAGCUCCAAACGAUGCUCACCUGGCCCUGACCAGUGGACCGGCCGAAUCGGAACCCAUGCUGGAGGUGUUCAUUGGUGGAUGGAAGAACACUAAAUCCGUUAUUCGGAAAAAUCGCGCCAAGCCCGAUGUAUGCGAGGUGGACACUCCAGAUAUUCUGAACGGUGGCGAGUUUCGUGGAUUCUGGAUUAAGUGGAUAGAUGAUGUCAUCACCGUUGGUAUGGAAGGAGCCGCGGCAGCAUUUUUGUCCUAUGAAAAUCCGGAACCGUUUCCAAUCAACUUUGUUGGUGUCUGCACUGGCUGGGGAGCUUCUGGAUCAUGGAUUAUCCAGCAGAAUGAACCGAAACCAUCGGCUCCGGCUGCUCUCGUCUCCGGAGCUGCGCCUUGUUGGGUUCCAACGUCAGGAGGGGAAAUUCCUCCAAAUGCUGUAGUUGGUGGAUCUGAUGGAGAAGAUUUGUACAUCGGUCGUGCCCAGCAUGAGGGUGCCGUUAUACCUGGUAAAGUUGUAGCAUCUCACGGGUCGUGCUACGUUGCGUGGGGUGGAGCAGAAAACUCUAAAUCAGAGUUCGAAGUUCUAUGUGACAGCAACGGAGAAUUCGUACCAACGUCCGGUGGCGAAAUUCCGCCAAAUGCACUUCCUGCAGGCGAAUCCGAGGAUGGUGAACCAUUGUUUAUUGGUCGAGUGCCCCAUGAAGGUACGAUGACUAUUGGAAAAGUCCAGCAGUCUCAUGGUGUUUGCUACAUUCCCUAUGGUGGACAAGAGCUAGCAUUUGCUGACUAUGAAAUUUAUGUAGUUCAAUAGAGACGUCCGUCAGCUCGUCGAGUAGAGAAACCAUGUCAGCCUUAAAGUACAGCACUCAGCUUAUUGCACAAAUCUCUAUGAAUCUCGAAUGUUAUAUAUUCUAUGAAAAGCGAUAUUGAAUCCUGCAAUAAAUAUGUUAUGAAUACCAGUAACAAUAAAAUAUGCUUCCACAAAUGCCAUGCAAAUAUUUUUUUUAUUCGAGCCGUUGAAACUUUUAAAUUAAAAAAAACUCAAAAACACCUGCCAAAGUAAAGAGUUUUUCGGAAAACAAAGCAGUUCAGUUAGUAACAGUCAUCAUACCAGCGAC